AUGGAGCUCGACGAGGGCUGCGGUGGUGCGCCAGCCGGCCUCCAGGCCGCCGUGCGCACCAUCACCCCCGCGGGCGCCGAGGCGGUCCGGCAGGCGGACCGCGAGGGGCUUACGCUAGCCACGGGCGGGAGCAACAGCGGCUACCACGGCGUGACCUUCUGCCCGAAUCGGAAAGGCAGCAAGAAGUACCAGCUGCGGGUGAUGGUUGGCGGCAGGAAGGUUCACCUCGGCUGGUUCGCGACCGCCGAGCAGGUGGCGCUCUUCUACGCCCGCAGGGAGGCGGGCAGGGACACCAGCGAUCUCACCGCGCCGCCGCCGCCACCCGCACCUCAUUCUCCCGCUGGCGCCGAGGCAAUCCGGCAGGCGGAGAGGGAGGGCCUGACUCUGGCCACGAGCAGCAGCAGCAACAGCGGCUACAAAGGCGUCUUCUACGACCCGAAGCGGCGACGCACCAGCAAGUACCAGCUGCAGGUGAGGGUUGGAGGUAAGCAGACCAGCCUCGGCUGGUUCGCCACCGCCGAGCAGGCAGCGCUCUUCUACGCCCGCAGGGAGGCGGGCAGGGACACCAGCGAUCUCACCGCGCCGCCGCCGCCACCCGCACCUCAUUCUCCCGCUGGCGCCGAGGCAAUCCGGCAGGCGGAGAGGGAGGGCCUGACUCUGGCCACGAGCAGCAGCAGCAACAGCGGCUACAAAUGCGUGACCUACUGCCCGAAGCGGAAAGGCAGCCAGAAGUACGAGCUGAAGGUGUCGGUUGGCGGCAAGAUGGUGAGACUCGGCCUUUUCGCCACCGCCGAGCAGGCGGCGCUCUUCUACGCCCGCAGACAGGCGGGCAGGGACACCUCCUAG